AUGGCAUGGGUGGGGCGGCCAGCGGCAGCGACUCGCCUGUGGGGCUGGCUAUGCCUGCUGGCUCUCUCUUUGUGCAGCCACCACGUAGAUGCUUUGAUAGGCUCCGACCGGUUGGUGUUGACCAGCGGUGACUCGCGGGGGGCAGUGGCGGAGCUCGCCGAGUUUGGCUACAAGGCAGGCGGGCUCCUCGGCGUUUCUGUCGUUAUGGGCGACAUGCAGGAGCUGGAAGACGUCCGGGAUUUCGACGGCGCGGGCGUCUACCUUGCGGCGUGCAAGCGGUCCGACAUCACGGACGCGCUCCAGAUGCUGCUGGACAGCCGCUUCCCCUGCCACGCGCUCGAGGCGCCCGCUGACUGCUUCCUGCAGCCGCUCUCGAGUGAGACAGAGGCGUUUUCGAGCAUGGUCAGCGAGACGACGGUUGUCCACAUCGCGCUCGUCACCUGCAACUACCGGAAGGUGGUCUUUGAAGAGGUCGACUUCAUCAUGACCAACCCGGGCGGGGAGCAGCUGGGCACCCGGUACGAACCGGUUAAACUGGUGUACACCGCCAUGCUCAUUCUGUGGAUGGUGCUCUUUACCUCGCUCUUCAUCCACACCAUCACCAAUUUGAAACGCGUCACCCCCCUGCACAAGUGGGUCAUCACCCUGCCCGUCGCCCACCUCGCUUUGGUUACCAUCUGCUACGCACGCUGGGCGCUCCUAUCUUCACAAGGGACCGUCCCCAAUUGGCUGCAGCAGUUCUUCCUGCUCGCCCCGGCCUAUACCCAGACGCUGGUGUUCCUGGUCACGCUAAUGGCCGCGCGCGGCUGGUGCGUCACGCGCGCGGAGCUGCUGGUCAUGGACAAGCGCGGCAUGGCGUCGACGGUCAUGACGGUGCUCCUGCUGCUGACGUUCGAGCAGUACGCCACGCCCGUCGCCUUCCUGGUCCGGCUGACGGCGUACAUGAUCGAGCUGACGGCGGUGGUGUGCGGCAUCGCGGCCAACUUCCGGCUGCUCUCCCUUCAGCUGCGCCUCAUGCAGGCCGACCGCGCGGACGCGGCCGCGAGCGCCGCGGCCGCCAAGGCGCGCAUGUACCGCUCGCUGCAGCUGCUCUUCUUCGCCUACGUCUGCUCCAAGAUAAUGCUGGAGAUGCUGUCCAGCAUUUUGGACGAGCGCGAUCCCUGGAGCCGCAUCAUGGCCGCGGAGGCGAUCGAGUACGGCUUCUGCUUUGCGCUCAGUUUCCUGCUCCGCUUCCAACGGCCCAACAUCUUCAACGCGCACGAGCCGCCGAGCCUCGAGCGCGGCGAGCACCCGCUCGCGGCCGGCCUUUACGGGCUCCAGAGGAACGGGCCAGGCUCGCGCGCGCCACCGCAGGUGCACAACAUCCCGCUCUACUCCGACGGCAGCAUUCCGCCCGGCUUCGUCAUCAUCGAGAAUCCGCCGGAACUCGACGCGGACGGCAAGCUCGUCCGCAACGUCGCGGUCGCGUCCGUAUCGCUGCCGGACGGCGCCGCCGCGGACGCGGGCAGCUCGAGUGUGAAUGCGGACGGUGUGAAUGCGGAGGUUUCUGUCAACGCGGGGAGUUCGGCGAAUCUGGACGAGCCUGGCAGCGCUGUUGCGAGCCAGGCUCUGCUGAGCUCCUUCCAAGCGCGCUCCUCCGACGAGAUUGCUGCCCUGACUGCGGCCGCGCCAACCGAAGGCGCGUCGACCCCAAACCCCCUGCUAAACCCUCCCCCCUCUAGCUUCCGCGCGAGCCCUCUCCCCUCUUCCGCCGGCGCAACCACCACCGCGGAACGGAGCCCUGAGCCGCGAUCUCGGCCGCGGCAAGGCUUCCCGGGGAAGUUGAGUUCGUUCGUGUCGCGACUGACACGUGGCGCGGGAAGAGCGCCCGGGAGGAGCCCCCGGGGGGUGGCGGAUUCAGAGGGGCAGCCGCAGAGCCCGACGCUGGUUAGUGCGCUCUUGGAGCGGACCACCAGCGACGCGUCCGAAACGGGGGGGCAGAUUGAGCUGCCGUUGAGCCCCCCCGGAGGGAGCGCCAACGGGUACUUUGCGAGCGGAAGGCCUGCGGAAGAAGGUCCGACUGGGCGGGACGAAACUGACGGCCAGGAGAGCGUCGCUGGAAGAUCGGACGGUCAGAGGAGUGCAGAGCUGGUGGAUCGGCUGACGAGGUUACGGGCCGCCAUUGCGGCCCACCGGGGCGAAGAAGAGACAGGUACGAGCCAAGGAGGGACCGGUAGGGAGGUACCGGGCAAGGAAAGCACGGAAGGUCGGGGUUGGGGGACGAUCACCGGGCUGCCGGAUCGGGUUGAUUCGUCGAACGGAAGCGGCGGACAGGAGACGGGUUGCGGAGAGAAGAAGAGCUUUUCACCGGAGGACGUGGUUUGA